AUGUAUCCACGGGCUCAAGGCAAAUACAGCGCAGAUGUUUACAGGUUUGUCCACUUGCACUGUUUCGCUCUACACAACCCAAAAUCCAAAGGCUUUACUCGAAACAGCAAUCGAAGAAGCCAACUGAAUUUGCUCGGCCACGCCACUGCAUUGAGGACGAAGGUAGAGUUAAAACAGUUACGAUCACAAACUGCUAGCCCCAGUUUCAGAAUCCGGUGUGAACCUGCCCUCAUCUUUUGCCGACGGUUGCUAGGUCCUUGGACGCCGACCAUACAGUGGUACGGCCAGGUUAUUGCCAAAUUUCGUAAAGGUCAGUGCUGA